ACUCCAUCUGCUCCGCAGUCCAGAGGCCAAGCCGCCAUGGAGCGCAAGGUGACCUGCGUCCUGGCUGUCGUCCUCAUGCUGGUCUUUGGCACGCUGGCUGGGGCCCAGACAGAGACCUGCGAAGUGGCCCCCCACGAGCGCUCGAACUGCGGCUUCAAUGGCAUCACGCGCAAGGAGUGCGAGGCCAAAGGCUGCUGCUUCAGCGACACGUUCCGCGGCGUCCCCUGGUGCUUCCACAAGCAGCAAGUCCCCGUGGAAGAAGGUGCAGCCUUGGGGUGCCCGGGUGCGGGGUGGGGGUGGACAGGCAGCCACAGCAGUGUGGAGCCCUCGCCUUUGCCGGAGUCCUCCUGCUGAGUAAAACCGCAGUUCUUUCCAAGUGAGAAGAGCUCACCCGAGCCU